AAGAGAGAGAGGAAGGGAUACUUCAUCCACAGCUGUUAAAACUCCAGUCCAAUCUGUGCUUUCUCACUGCAUGGCCAAGAUGGCGUUGGGAGAAAUAUGUUUCACUAUCGAUAUAAGCAAGACUCGGAGGUCUUCAAAAACAGGCAUCCUGUUUUUUCUUUUAUUGCAAAUGAGUCUGCUCUCAAAAGUAUGGACAACUACCACAAUGACUAGUCCAGCAAGCACUCUGACAACAGAUGCCAUGUCGUCUACAACGUCAGAACUUGUUAGCCACAUUUCGACAACUCAAUCUGUGGUUUCAGUAAGCGUGCCCUCCUCCAUUUCAACUAAUCAGACGGCCACAUCAGGCUCUACAGUGACAGGAGCUUCAUCCACCUUAAUGCAGAUCACUUCCUCUAACAAUGCUACUGUGACCUUUACAGCAAAUACAUCUUCAUCAGAAAAUUACACGGCGCUAUCCUGUCCAUCAUUUGCUUGCACAAAAGAUUGUUAUGACCAGUUCAUGAAUACGAUGGCGAAGCUCUGCCAAUCCAGUGAAUAUUUCUGUAAGAUAAUGAAAGAGGACCAAGGUUACUCUGUCAGCUGCAGUGCCUCAUGUGGCAUGCCCUGUGAGAAUGGGACUCUUAGUAAUUGCUCUGUCAACUGUUGCAACACAACCAACUGCCUCAACAACACUCUGCUUGCCUUGUUCAAUUCACUCAAUACCACAGCUACAACAAAUCCAACUACUACAACCACAACCACAAAGAUCCCAGUUACAACCAUCCCAGCAACCAAUGGCAAGAAGUGUCAAAAUUUCAAGUGUGAAGGAACAUCGUGUUACAAAACCGCUAGUGUCGCCAGUAAUGUCACGCCGUGUCCAGUUGGUCUGGACUACUGCAUGCUACAAAAGACAACAUCUGGCACCACGGAGAAUUGGCAUGCGGGUUGCAGUACAGAUUGCAGAAAGAUGACAGUUUGUUCAAGCACCAGUACUGCCUGUUACUUGGAGUGCUGCAAUGCCACCACCACCACCUCAUGCCUCAAACUGACAGGUGAAGUGAACAUGCCCAGCUCCGCCACCAGGGGUCCACACUGUCCCACACUGCUCAUGGGCUGUCUGCUGCUCUUCUGGAUAGUCAAAGUCUUAAACUGAGCAUAACAAAGUCACAUUUAAUAUGCAAUUCAUUCUGUUAGGAGAGUGUAUGCGUGUUUUAAACCUGAUUGUACUUCUUUUACUGUCACUUUUACAUUCUUUGUGAUGUAAGCAAAUCAAGGUGAGUGUGUGGAUGUGUGUCUAUAAGAUCAGCAUGAGAAGCAGAAUGUGUGUAUAUAUAUAUAUAGAUGCCAAAUAAGCUUUACCAUUGGCAUCUGCAGAGAGCUACAUCAAGUGGGAACAUGUUGGAUUCUUAUAUCACAGAGUUAGACAGAACGAUCCACAGAGGAAUAUAUUAACAAUGCAAUGACAAAUAUGAGGUUUGCUUCCUUUCA